AGUUCUGGGUCAUAAAAGAGACUCUCGGUAUGAAUUCUUUCCAGAAAUGAUUUGAGCACUGCGUUUGUAACAAUCUUAUUAUAAGACGAGCUAACAUCUAUUAUUAAUCGGUGCGCUAAUUAAAGCCACAUUCGCAGUUUCCAUUAGCUUAUUCCCUAAAUUCUCCAGAGUUGGCUGUCUGGUUUUAAUCAAAACCAAAUGGUAGUCCAAGCUCCCAGGCUGGAGCAGCUAGGAGGAAGUCAUGCAGUGGAGGCACAAAAGCAGAGGAGAUAAACAGAUGAGAGUUCACAAGCUGUCUGGGAAAAAAUGCACACAGUCUGCUCGCCACUCUAGAGAUGUGAUUGAGAGACUCCGCCAUACCGGAGGAAGCUUCGCAAGUGUUUAAUGUCAGCAGGACUCUAACUUGAUGAAGAUGGAGUCUGCCUUCUUCCUUUCCAGCCUCACUAGCCGUGCUUGUCUGCAACUGGAGGAUCCCUGACUGGAGGUAAGAAGACUCCAUGGGCUGUGGCACAAAGUACCCUGUUCUGUUCAGAUUUCUGGGGGUGUGAAGGAGAGAGAAGAAGGAAAUGCUCUGCUUCCUGGAUUCUCGGAAUUUUACUUACAGACUUUUCUCAAGUCCAGGAUGUAAAUUUUUAAGUUAUUUUUUAAAGUUCUAAACUUUAGAAGAAUUACGGUAUUAGAAGUCUCAGCCUUCAUCUAGCUGUCUUAGAAAACUUUUGAAAUGAGUCUUAGCAGAAGUGUUCUCCCUUUAACACAGUAGAAACGUUGUGCGCGGAGGGGAGAGGCUGCGCUUUCUUUCUUCCUUGUUUUCCACGAGCCCUGUGGGAUAGGAAGGACUCUAGGACUUUCUGACGCUAGCUAAUCAUCUCAAGAGCUUUGACAAACUCACUUCAGUUCUGUGUAAAAUCAGAGCUUCAACGCCCAGGCGGCUCUGCUCGGCCCCUCCCCUCCCUCAGCUUCAUGCAGGCUUUCUCACAUGCAAACUUCUCAGAGGCAGGAAAUACUUUGCAGGCAAUCUGGGCCUGCUUGUGGAGGCCCCUCUCGCAAAACAUCAGUCUGCAUUUAGAAGACAGAAGUCACUAGGAUCGCCUUGACAGGAUCCCGAGUUAGCUGAGGCUCCUUCCAGCUGCAGAGGGUGUUUUCUGUUAGAAUCACACACUGCUGUUAAAGAGAGCUGCUGAGAAUAGAGCCCGUGACCUCAGCCAGAAAUGUGAACUUAGAUUUUGGAGACACUAACCGGGCAGACUCUUCUAUCCUGGCUGCGACAGCAUCAUGCUUUGGCGGUAACAGCAACUCCUGACCCAGAUGACAACAUGGCAGAUUGCACUCUCUUCCUUGACCCAUGAAUUCAGAAUCUUCUCUCCCCGACGUCCAUCCCUUUGAGUGUCCUAUGGAAUGCAUCUCCUUGUCUGCCGUUAAACUAUGAUGACAUGUCUGUAGCUCUCAGAAAGAGGAGCUGGGAAGAGCAUGUGACCCAGCAGAGCGAACAGCCUUUUAAUUCUGAUGAGUAUGACAUAGCAUGUCACCACAGACUGGCAUCCGACAGCCUGGAGGUAAGGAUGGAGAAAGAUGAAACCUUAAAUGUGGACCAUAAAGAGAAGCAUGCCUCUCUACCAGACUGCUGUCGUGGGUCAGAGACAAGAGACUCUCCUGGGAGGCCAAUGGGUCACAUUUCACCGGAAGUGGAUGAAAGUGACAGCCAGGAAGGAGAAGAGCGGUUUCUAUCGCUCGAGGCCAGCACAGAAACACUAGUGCACAUUUCUGAUGAAGAUACUGACUCCGAUCUGCACCUUAUCAAUGACUCACAGAUUUUACCUCCACAAAGACAUGAAAGGGACAGCCACGAGAGUGUCAAAGGAGCAGGCUCCUUCAGGAAGACACUGUCCACCAUGCAAAGUAGCCAAGAUUCUCACAACACCUGGACGAUGGCUGGUGAAGCUGAGAUAUCUGCAGCAGAAGGAGGUGAAGAAAGGAAAGAUGGCGACACUAUAAGUAAAAGCCUGGAGCAUUGUAAGAGUACAAGUGCAAGUGAAACAAAUGAGGUGGCCAAAGUAAAUACAUUCCAGUCUUUGAAUGCGAAAGAUGACAUCACUCCUAAGACACAACUGCUUGAUUCUUUGGUACUCGUGAAAGAUGUCACACCUGAGACACAACUGCUUGAUUCUGCAGUAAUCGCUCAACAACACAGGAAACCUGACUUCCCUAACGAUGACCAGGAAAAGAAUCUGCACCAUGUAGUAGAAGAAGACUUCUUAGUGGCUCCUUAUACAGACAGAGGGCUGCCAUUAUUAAAAGCAGAUUGCGGAAGCUGCCUUCUGCGGCCUCCUUCCUGCCCUGGUGGAAUGUCAGCAGAAAAUGACCUGGAGAGGAGUGGGUUCUCAGAAUAUCAAAACAAAAGCCCUCUCAGGGUCAGUCAGGAAGGUGUCAUGCAGUGUUUACACGUAAGGGGCCCAGUGACCACCCAGGAGACCGGAGACAAUCAAGUCAGACUGCGCAAGAGAAAGGAAACAAGGGAAGAUCGAGACAGGACACGGCUGGACUCCAUGGUGCUGCUAAUUAUGAAACUGGACCAACUAGACCAAGACAUCGAGAACGCUCUCAGCGCUGCCUCCUCUCCAUCCAGCACCCCAACGAACCUGCGGCGGCAUGUCCCUGAUCUGGAAUCAGGAUCUGAAAGCGGAACAGAGAGUAUCACGGUAAAUCAGACACAGGUGAAUCUGUCUUCAGAGUCCACCGAUCCAUCAUCCACUCCAGCGAGCAAUUCUGGAACCAAACCCAAAGCCAUGGCUGUCCCAUGUAUUGCAGAAAAGGAAACAGCUGCUGACUUAAUACCGAAGACUGGAUUAACUUUGGCUAUGGGAAAAGUAGCUGCACUGGAGAUAGAAAACCACUGAGCUCUUACUCCGGCUGAUCGACUGGCCCCAUCUAACACUUGCUGGGCUGUGUGUGCUGCCCUGACAAGGGGGAAAAUGGCUGAAAAGGAAGCGCCUUCUUAAGGAAGGAAGUGGGUAGAGCAGGAAGAACAAACCAGAACCUUCCCAAAAUAGAGUUCACCUUUGACCGGCUCUUCAAGUUUCCUGCUUCGAGGCCAAGUUCCGGCGCACCAGAAGACACAUGCACGAGCUCAUUUAAACCUGUCCUUGCCUGUGCACUUUAAUCUUUUUCUGAAUUUGAUGUCCUUGCCAUUUUUAGAUGUCAGACACACCCGAAUCAGCACCAUUUGUUCUCUCAUUUGCUAGAAGAUUCUAUCUACUUCUAGCUGCGAAUCAAAACAGUCAUGAAAUCUCAUUGCCAAUUUAUUUUAGGGAGGUGGUCUUCUAAGACACAGGACUGGAAGACAGAUUUGUUACAGUUCGUGUUUCAAACAACUAGUAUCUCUAACUGUAGAUUGCAAACCAUUUUAAUUUAUGUUCCUUCCCUUAAAGAAUCCCACCAGCCAUGCCAGGAUAUAGGAGCAAUUAUUUUUCUGUUCACCUUCGCCCAAGUAAUUUUUUGUAAUAAAAACAUCUCUUUUUUUUUGCCCAACAGAUUGUAAUAUUAAAUACCUUUUUGUUUUAUUGUAUGCCUUCAGUAGGUGUAAUAAUUCCAAAGUCUGCCUAGCUUAAUUUUGGUGGUCUAAGGUAAAUGGUUAUGAGAAGAAAUAGCUUUUGCACAUACUUCAAGUGUAUUUUUGUUUUUAUUAGGGUUGGUUUCAGACAUUCCUUGCAUUUUUUGGAAAUCUUUUGAUUUGCCCCUGCUUUAAUAUGUCAUGUAAAACUCUCUACCUUUUACUGAAACAUAUUAACCACUGGAAAAAAAUUUAAAACAGUAGAAAUAGUUGAAGCCAGUUUUAAAGCUAUGUAAAACUUUCAACUUAUAAACCUCUAUUUUCAAAUAUGUAUAGCGCUAACACGAAUAAAACAGCAUGCGUUGUUUGUUGGACACCAUCAUUCCAAUGGUUUUAGACAACCAGUUCAUUCUUUUAUUACAUUUCCUGUAUGGGAGAAUUGGUAUUAAGGGAUGCUUUUAUACUCAUCAAUAUUCAAAGUUUGUUUUGAGAUUAAGUUGAAAUGAAGUUAAUCGUAUGUAUUCUUCUUUUGCCAUAGUUAAGGAAUAUUAUUGGUAGUCUAGUGUUCUGUGUUUAUAGUUCCCUUCAAAAUAAGGGCACAGGGAAUGAUCAAAAACAAAUAUCACAGUACCUGGACAGAUAGCUUAGGUGUUGAGAACAGAUGCUACUGCUACAGAGGACCUGGGUUCGCUUCCCAUCCCUGCUGGGUAUCUCACUUCAUUCCCAUGUGUAUACACUCACACAGACAAAUACAGAUAACCGAAAGUAAGUCUAAGACAACACAGAUUGAUUUUACACAGUCAUACUGCAUUAGGUAUUAGGUACUAACUUUCAUAUUUUCAGUGGGGGCAGAGGAGGCUCUAGUCUGAUGGUUUAAUAGAGCAUUUUUACAUCACUUAACUGCCAUCUAGUAUUUAUCUAUAUAUCAUCUCUCUGCCUAGUGAUAUCAUCAUCUAUUCAUGUGUGUGUUUGAAUAUUUCAGUUAUCCAUGUAAACUUCUAGAGUGUCAUUUCCCUUCUUUUACAAAGAAAGAAACUGAGGCAGAAAUAGUCAAGAAUAUUAUAGACGCUCUCUUAAAUUAGUCAUUGAUAGAAGUUCAACUUUAUCCUGGCCUGGUGGUCAAUAGAUCUAAAGUUUCUUUUAUUGUACUGGGAAAGUGAGAGUUAGUACCCAGAAAACAGAAAAAAGUUCCACACCAAAAUCCUAACCGAGUAGGGAUGGCAGCGGUUGAGAAAUCAUGAGGUGCUGGUUAAAUCUGAGACAGAUUUGAAAUUUUAGCAUAUGUAGUUCUGAAUCUCUAAUGAAACAAUUGGAUGCCAACACCUCAGGGCAAAGUCGAAGGCAAAAUGUUUAAUAUGUUACUUUUAAACUUUUAAAGUUGUGUCAAACCCAAAUCAAAUACUGCCUAUUUAUCAGACUGAAUCCUGAAUUGGAAUAUAUACUUCUUGACUUAAGCACUUUAAACAUAGCUCAGAAUCUACUAACAGAAUUAUAUACACUAGGAUAAUCUAGAACACAGAGUAUAUAGAAAAUAAUCUAUACUUCUAAUCAUCUUAAACUUUCCUACCCUAGUUAGAAGGAAUUUAAGACACAGGUUUUAUCCUCUUUUUAUUUCAUGAUAACAAGAGUAGAUAAUUGGGGCUGGAGAGAUGGCUCAGUGGUUAAGAGCACUGACUGCUCUUCCAGAGGUCCUGAGUUCAAUUCCCAGCAACCACAUGGUGGCUCACAACCAUCUGUAAUGAGAUCUGAUGCCCUCUUCUGGUGUGUCUGAAGACAGCUACAGUGUACAUAUAUAUAUAUAUAUAUAUAUAUAUAUAUAUAUAUAUAUAUAUAAUAAAUCUUUAAAAAAAAGAGUAGAUAAUUGGCAUACCACAAGCACCAUAGUUUUCCACACCAACAUUAACUGAUGAAAAUAACGCCAAGGGCAUCUUGGGAAUCAGAGUUACACCUUUGUUCUCAUAGAAGAGGUAAGUUUAACUUCUCUCAGCAGUGCUGGCCUUGACUUGCAGUGCAGAACCAUGGAAAGCCAUCUUUUCCCAUUGAGUUGAAUGGAUUGCUGAGUCAGCCUUCUGGUUGUCAGCCAGACUGGGAAGCUUUUCUGAAACCUAAACAAAUUUAUUCGGGAGCCAUAGAUGGUGUUGAUCUGGGACGGUUGUGUCUGAGUGGAGGAUGGCAGUACAUCUGCUUAGUCCAUGAGGAAGGCCUGUGAAAGGUGGUACAACGUUAAUGCAGGGCUGAGGAAACCCAACAAGAGUAGCUAAGACCUGAAGACUCGAAAGAUGGUGUUCUGGGGUAACCUCUAAUCCUGCCAUUGCAGAAAUCUGCACGGUGAAGUCCAAAACAUAAUCACCAAGCACUCUCUUAUGUGGGGCUGCAUUUCCUCACUCCACUGGCAGUCUGUCUUCCUGACAGGUCCCUCUGUGACUGUCUGUCAGGGGGCCUCUUCUGUAGGGAGCAUCCGCCCAUGUGUGUACACACACACACAGACACACACAAGGUCGUUGAUCUCCCUGCGAAUAACCCUUAUUUCACACUGACUUGAAGGUCGUACUUUACUGCUAUAAUAAAUCAAAAGUAAGUGGAACGUAUUUAGUUCUUGUAGUAAUGAUGAAUGGAUUCACUUUGGAGACAGAAAAAAAAAAAAAAUAUAUAUAUAUAUAUAUAUAUAUAUAUAUAUAUAUAUAUAUAUGCUGUGUUGGUCCCAAUGUUUCUUCUCCACAAGGACUCAGUAUUUGCAAAUCGUAUGUUCCUUUUUUUAAAAAAAAAUGAGGAUGAAGUGAUCUGAAUAAAUAUGUACCUUAAAGUCAAAGGGAAAGAAGUAUUUUAUGGUAGUAUUCAAAGAAUAUAAUAUUCUACUUUAUAUGUUGCUAGUGGUCAUUAGCAAAUAUGUUGGAAAUGUUUGGUCUCCUGCGAAGAUGUACUGUGUGCUUUAAUUAAUUAUUCCAGGAUCAGUAUUAUAGAGAUGCCCCUCAGCUGUCCUCCCUGGUCACACCAGUCUGCUAGACUUUCAUCUUUAUGGGGGUCACCUUUACCUUUGACCAUGAGGCCCAGCUCUGCGUGUCUUUUGAGCCCUCACAUAUCCUCCUCUUAUUAUGAACCAAUGCACACAGCAUAAAUGUUAACAUUUCAUCCACUUUAAAAACUGCACUUGAGAAACAUUUACUAUACCCACAAUAUUUCAACCUUCACCAGCAUCUACUUACAGAAUAUUGACAUCCUUCCCGGAUAUGAUCAGUAUACAAAGUAUAAAUGUAUGGACAUUUCAGAGACUAAAUUAAAUUAUUUAAAAAAGAAAACAGUAUUUUCAUCCUCCUAAAAGUGGACCUUCAUGCUUGAGAAGUUAUCUUCCAUAAUUUUUUCUACCAUUCCUGAAAACCAUUCACUUCUUCUCUUUCUCUGGACUCAUUUACUUCAGAAAUUUCUCAGAAGCAAAACAUGCCUUUUGUGUCUAACUUCUUGGAGGGUGGAAAAAGAGACAGGGUCUCCCUACAUGUGCCUGUCUGGCCUAGAAUUUUCCAUGUAUACCAAGCUGGCCUGGAGCUCAGUGAUUUCCUGUUUUAGCCUUCAGGCCAAGUGCUGAGAUUAAAGGCAGGCACAGUCACUCCUCCUCUUUGAGAAUGGAUAGUGGUCAAUAGUUUGGAUAUGCUACAAUUUAUCCACCCAUUCAUUAGUCCAUCCUAGGGUGCCUAAAAUGUUUCUAUUUUUUGAAGAAAUGUUUCUACUCUAUUAUGAAGAGUGCUGAUAUGAAAACUGUAUGCAAGUUUUAAUUUGAACAUUCAUUUUCAGUGUGUGUGGGGGGGUAGUAUUUGGUAAUAGAACCAAGGCCCUGUUCAUGCUAAGGAAGUGGUUUAGUGCUAACUAUGUCGGUGCCCAACUGCUUCAGGAGGCUUUCAUAUAGCUUGGAGGCUUCAUCACAAAGAUUCCACCUCUGCAGCAGUAGGUUUUUCCCUUGAGGAGGGGCCUUGUGAAUCCAGUUCAGUGCCAUAACUUUCCUCGGCUUUGUAAGUUUUGUAAACUUUGUUUACUUCCUGAGCCUUUUGAGUAUCCUUCCUCUCUCUAGGUGGCUGGGGAAUAUGGGAUGUUUCAAUUCUGAGACAAUAGCUGCUGGAGAGAGAUACAAGUAGGGUCUAUAACUUGAGUUUUGUCUUGGUGCAGAAUACCUUCAAGGAUAGUUAUAAUACACCACACUGCCCUUGGGACACACACCUGUCCCAUGUCAAGCAGCUAAAGAACAAUGACAAACUAAGUCAGAGGUUCUCAGCCAGGAGCGAUUUGUUUCCCAUGGAACAUCUUACAAUGUCCGAAGUUGUUUUCUUUUUCCUUCUUCUCAAUAUAGAAGAUGUUAGCAGUGUGUAUGCUGCUUCAUACAGGACAGUCCCUCAUGACAAAGAAUAAUUUGAUGCAAAAUGAGGUUCAGAAACUCAGCUCUAACCCUUUGCUAGGAAAACUAUUAAAAGAGAAAGGGGAGGGAGACACACACACAGAGAGAGAGAGAGAGAGAGAGAGACAGAGACAGAGACAGAGACAGAGACAGAGACAGAGACAGAGAAAAGGGGAGGGCAACUGUGUGGCAGACUGUUUAGGAAGUGAACGAAGGAGUGGUUAUUUCAGCAUAACUCAGAGUCCUGGCAAGUUACACAGGACGGAAAUGUGGGGCAACGAGGGUAGUGAAAGCACCAGGGUGUGUUGGGAGGAGAUGCCACUGGAGGCAAGUGGUAGAACUCCAAAGUGGACUUGAGCCAAGCAGAGCAAAGAAUGUGCUGUGAAAAGGAGCAGGAGCUAGAUAAGUGGCUUAGAAUUCAGACCUUGCCUCCAGCCGUGGCGUGGCUUAGAGCUAAUCAGAGGUGUUCUCUUAAAUGAAAACUCUCGGCCAAAUGGGAAUCGUUGAGGUCUUUGACAUUGAAGAGUUAGCAUGAGACCCUCGUGUAAAAUCAUUUCUAACUGCGACUAUCAAGUGUUGCUCUUAACAUUGUCACUGUGAUCGCUACUAAAUUGAGUUGGUACCUGGGUGGGAAUGAGAGCCUGGGAAGCCAGGCAAGAGAGGAGACCAGGUGGGUUAAAAUCAUCUAGAGCAAGAAAGCACUGGGAAAGGGACAAAGGGAAGGAAUAACAUGACCUAGUAGGCAGGAAAAUGGGGCCAGGAAGAGAAGCCAUCUAGAAAGCCUUUCUAGCAAAGUGCAUAAGAGACGCAAAGGUCCCAGAUAGAGGCACUGAGAUUCCCAAGGACAAGAGCAGGAACUUAACCAACAGUGGGUUGACUAGAAUGACACACCCGGUGGGCACACUGAGGAAUACUUUGUAGCCCUUUGUAGAAUUGGGCAGAAAAGUAAGCAGGUUGUUCCAUGGACUUCUAUUCUAUUCCUAGGUAAUCAAACACAGCUGAAAAAAAAUGCAGUUUCCAAUGGGCAUCUAAUAUUUUAAAGAUAAUCAGUAGAAUUGCAAACAGAUGUGGAUAGUAAAUCUUCCUUGAAUAAAGUGUUAUCUUCAACAGUGCUAUUUACAGCACAAUUUUUUGAAGCAUGAAUAUAUAGCGAAGUGUAUUGUCUCUUUCUUUGAAGUUUAUUUGGUCCACAUGUGAUGAAUAUUUAAAUAAAAAUUCUACUAGCUCAUCACACAGUACAUGUCUCAUUAAUUUAAAAAAAUGUAAAACACUGAAGAAUGAACCAUUAAUUUUAUCCCAUGAUAAGAAUGUGGAGAAUGUGGGAGAUGGGACCGUUAGAAAGUAAGCUUACAAAGUCAAGAGACUCAGGGCUGUUGUUUGUUUAGGUGGUGGGCUGGUCUCUUAGGAUUUCCCUUGCUGUGAAGAGACACUACAACCAGGGCAACUCUUAGAAAGGAAGACAUUUCAUUGAGGCUGGCUUACAGUUCCAGAGGUUUAGUCCCUUAUCAUCAUGGCAAGAAGCACAGCAGUGUGCAGACAGACAUGGGGCUGGAGGAGCGGAGAGUUCUACGUCUUGAACCAAAGGCAGCAGAAGGAUGAGACCUUAUUUAUUCCACACUUGGCUAGCUUAAGCCUUUAAGACCCAGAGAUCCAACUCCUCAGUGGUACACUUCCUCUAAAAAGGCCACACCCCUUCCACGAAGGCCACACCCCUUCCACAAAGGCCACACCUCCUAAUAGCCACUUCUUAUGAGCCAAGCAUUCAAACACAAGAGUCUAUGGGGGCCAAGCCUAUUCAAACCACUACAGUUGGUUGGAUUUGGCUUUUUGUUUUUUUGUUUUCCAUUGCUAUAACCCUGCUUACAAUAAUAUCCAGUACAUGAUAGAUAACUUACAUUCAAUAUUUACUGGAUGAUGGAUGGAUGGAUGGAUGGAUGGAUGGAUGAAUGGGCGGACCAAUCAAUUAAUUUACAAAGGCGUAUGUUGUCUAGGCACUCUUGCAAGGCAGUUGAGUGAUUGGACAAGUGCUGUGUAACUCCAUGCUGUUGGGUAUGGCAGUAUCUCACCUCUCAUCAUGAACUGAGCUCUUGACAAGUUCAUCUUGCUAAAAUCCAUCUGUUGUCGCUCAUUAGUUACCACAGGCUCUCAGAUCAGUAGUUUUCCCCUCUUUCCCUCCUCCGGAACCCCGCAGAGGUAAAUCUGUAAAGUUCAAAGUGGAUGAAGAUAAGCAAUUUUCUCUCCUCAGAAGUGGCAAUUGGUUUGUCUCCUUACACCUUUCUCCAAGAGAAGUAUUUCCACAUUCGUGAAAAAAAAAAAUACACCUUGACAUUACAGGGGUGUGGUUGGCAGAACCCUUCCUUCUAGCCCGGUCUCCUCAAGCAAGGCAGUGCAGAAAGGAGGGCUCUUCAGUAACACUUGACAAGGUGCCAGUUCCACCCACCAGUGAUAAGAGCAGCCUGGGACACAGCAGUCACUAUGAGCACAGGCUGCUUUCCCAGUGCAGAGUCCACAUGGUCCUCCUCACAAAGCAAAAGACAGGGUGACCUUGAAAACCUGCCAACUGAGUUCUGGAAAUUACAAGAGCAACUUUCCUGGAAUUGUUCAAGCAAAGCAAGGUCUCGAAAUGGAUCAUAAGAGGAUUCGCCCCUAGUUAGAAAGAUCCCCAUCUGAGUAUUUUCCCUUCACUUCCACAACGGUAAGGGCGUCCAGCUUUAACAACAUCACCUCACUUCCUGUCUGAGUCGUCAGAUUAUUUUCCAUAUACUCGAAGCCUUCGUUUAGCGUGAGAGGUGAAACCCAGGUACAAUUUAUUCAGAAUAUAUUCUUGGAAGAAAAUCAAUUAAAAGUACUUAUAUGGAAUGCGUUACAUUACAAACACCACUCGACAUUGGUUCGAAGUUUGGGGGCACAGCUGGGGCCUCAUUUCAGGCAAAGAUGUAAUGCUACAGGAUGAAGGCUCAACAACGUCAGCCUCAGAGCCCAUAGAGAGCUCAGAACAGGAAGAGACUUGAGGUUCCUUAUCACUGUCAGGGGCUGACCUUCCAUCCAUUCCGUGUUCAAUGCAUGGAGGAAAAUGACUUAAUUUUUUUAAAAUAUCAUGUCUUUCAAAAGUAAUGUGUCGGGGCUGGGGAUUUAGCUCAGUGGUAGAGCGCUUACCUAGGAAGCGCAAGGCCCUGGGUUCGGUCCCCAGCUCCGAAAAAAAGAACCAAAAAAAAAAAAAAAAAGUAAUGUGUCUUUGUAUUGAGUGCCAAUAGUUUUCCAACAUGUCUCAACAUUCUAUAAUUUCGAUAUUUUUAAAAAUUUGAGAAGUCCCAAUACAGUAAGGAAUACAUUCUUCCACUGUCUCUGUGAAACACAAGGACACUGAUCCUUGUCAUUUGUGCACGUUUGGAGAACUGGAGUGUGACAAGUGCGUGGUGCACAACUGUGCCCCUUUGCACUAUGGGUGCCAGCGUGGUAGUCAUCUGAGGGCUGGUUGUGGUUUAUGUCAUACAAUCAGCCAAUAAUAAUUUCUGAGGAAACUUGGGGUAGGAGCGCUUAUAAAUCCAUCAUCAUAAUCUUGUUCAGGUUAACAUUUUGCAGAAUUUUUGCAUUUAAUGUUUGGCAUCUUUCUGAGGGAGACUAAAGGAAAAGCAAUACAUUAAUAUUCCUGUUCUCAGUACAUUGAACGUCUUUUCUUGAGAUCUGGAAACAUAUAAACAACGAAAAGGCAGAUUUUAACUCUGAGAGGUAACAAGAACAACAACAAAAGCAAUACAGAUAACAGUUUUAGCCUGUGUCCUUGAGAAAGGCCAACCUUAAGGAGACCAGAUGAGGAGUGAAGGCCGAGACUAGAGGCCAGCGUUUAGUUGGAUGGAAAAUACUUCUGCAUUUCUGCCUCUCAGAGCUGCCAGCCUCGGAAGCUGUCAUGGGGUGAUACUGAAAAUGUUUCCCAUAGCACGGAGAUAACAUGAGGACUAAAGGCAUGUUUGAAGUUCUUGGAACUAUUCUAGGAAAACCACUCCAAAAAACAACAAGCAGAGUCCACAAGACUGUACAGUCCAGCAUUCAAAACAGGGCAGGUGUGUGUGGGGGGUAUUGAAAUAUAUAUAUGUAUAUAUAUAUAUGUAUAUAUGUAUAUAUAUGUAUAUUAUAUAUAUGUAUAUAUAAUCUUUCUCUGGCAUUUUCUGACACUAAAAUAUCACAUUAUAAUUAACAUUAAGUAAAAAUGCGUUUCAAAAGCAAUCUGAGAGUCUGGUGAGGUCCUUCACGUUUGUAAAUAAUGCUUGCUGCUCAAGCCUGAGGACUAAGUUUGGAUGGGAUCACUCAUUUAAAAGGCAAGCAUGACCAAGUACGUCGAUAACACCAGCCCUAUGGGAGGCAGACACAAAAGGAUUACCAGGGCUCGCUGUCCAGCCAGCUUUGCUGCAAAAAUGCCAGGUCCCAGGUUUGGUGAGAGUCUCUGUCCCAGUGGAAUAAAGCAGAGAGUGGUAGAUCAGGACACCCAGCUCUCUCCCUUUCUCCCUUCUAGUGUACAUGAGUGCUCUCACUCAUACACAUGUAAGGAGACGAUAUACACAAAUACAUCACACACACACACACACACACACACACACACACACACACACACACACACACAUACACACACUAAUUUUUUAAAUGCAAAAAGCUUUACUAAAACCUCGCAAACCAGGCUAAACAGAAAACACCAUCAUAGGAAGCAAGCAAACGUUCAUUCAUGUCAAGUGUUGUGCCAAGCGUUAAAGAUUCAGCCACGCAAACGCAAACGCAAACGCCAUCCCUGCCCUCAAGAACCCACAGUGCAGCAGGGGAGGCUGCACUUAGCCAACGAGCCAAAGAAAAUCAGUGUCUUUGAACUGUGAAUCCAGGGUGACCAUGUUUAGUCUGGGAGAGGACUCGGGACACGGGCAAGAUUAGAGGCAACCUUAGAUGCUUACGAGGCCAUUAUGGCUGUCUGGCCUCCUUAGCAUAAAGAGUGCCAUUUAUACUGCUUGUUAUCAGGGAUGGAAAUCUCUGUAAUAUUAGCCAAGAUGCUGUGUGGAGUGUUUACAUAUUUACACCAUGGUUUGUUUAAACUGGAGUCGAUGGUUAUCUUUUGUCUAUGGGAGCAGAGCCAGCUGUUUGCGUAAGUGCUUUGUCUGUGGCGUGGCGCAGUCCUGUCUACGAUUUUAUGUAACCUCAUUGUUGACCAGCUUUAGGUUGCCGACAUUCAACACAUGAGAGGAGCGAAAUUUUUCCGUCUUCUGGAAGGCGGACACGGAAAGUGGGUUUUAGAUGGUUUUACCUGCCAAGACUUCAGCUAAAUUUAGAAAAGCACCCCCACCCCCACCCCCACCCCUCAUCCCCACCCCCACCCCAGCUCUCUCACAGUUUGGGGCCCUCAUUACUGUUCAUUUUAAUGCUAGCCUGUAUUCCUACUUUGUAAUUAUUAUGCUGUGACACAUGGUUUCUAUUUCAGGGAUCUGGAAAAAAGAAACAGACGUGUUACAGACCCAAAUCUUAAGAGAUUUAUCUCAUGUAUAUGAUACAAUAUUUUACACACACACACACACACACACACACACACACACACACACACACACACACACCAGACAGGAGAAGUGUGGUCAGCGCUUGCUGGCAAUUUCAAGGAGAAAAUAAAGGUGAAAAUUAAAUGCAGUAAGAUAGUAAUGACAGAUAGGUGACAAGUUACAGCUCCCCUUUCCUCUCUUACUCUGUAGCGUAAAAGAGAAUGCUUCCCUCUUUCCCCUGCCUCCCAACCCCUGCAAGUCGGCACUCCCCACUGUGAGCCAUAGGGUUAACACGGGAAAGGCAUCACUGCUUUUAACUGAUGGCCAAGACUUGUCAUCUCCACCAUUAACAUUUAUAGGACUUGUCCUUUUCUUCUCUACUUAUGAGCCAUAGUAACAUAUCCUGGUAUUAUAAGUAGCCUUGGCACACUGUCUGGCAACAACAUAAAGAUUGUUUGAGAUAGCUGAAUGUAGUUAAAAUUAUAUAAAAUUAUGUAAAUUAGGACUGCAAGGAUUCUUUUUUUUUUUUUUUUUUUUUUUUGGUUCUUUUUUUUGGAGCUGGGGAUCAAACCCAGGGCCUUGCGCUUCCUAGGCAAGCGCCCUACCACUGAGCUAAAUCCCCAACCCGACUGCAAGGAUUCUAAAAAACUGUCUUUAACUCUCUGCAUGGAGAUAGAUGAUAGAUAGAUAGAUAGAUAGAUAGAUAGAUAGAUAGAUAGAUAGAUAGAUAGAUAGAUUCAUAAACUGAUUAUUACCCAAUAAUGCAUAUAUAAUAUCUACUCAGUUGAAGAGUUUUGCUGACCACCAGUCCUAGUCCCUGCUCCAGUUCUCGUUUUGAAGAGGAACCUCGGUUCUUCUGGAAUUUACAGACUUUGGGACAGACUUACCAAGAUCAAAGUCAUCACAACCAUUAGCAUUCUUUUCAUUUCCAUAACCUUAGCAUUCUUUAUAUUCCUUAACGUCAGCUAAGAAGAGCACAGUGUAUUGGACAUAAUAAAUACGGGUAUUGUAAAUAAAGUUUUCCCGAUUUACUUGGCCAAUCAUGAAUUGGGGAAAUGGUUGUAACUUGUCAAUAUAGGCUUUUUCUAACGUCUUUUCCCAGUUUCAACAAAAUGCUUACAAAACUAUCUUUUACGUAUACAUAGCCUAAAGGGUCGAAAGUUUGAUUCCAGUCCUUGAUGUAUAGUGAUUUCAAGGCUAGCCUAGGAAAUAUAACUAGAUUCCGGCUCCUGAAAAAGCGUAAGGGCUGUCUGUGCCCAUGCUCACCAGAAGCACACCAGCUUAACAUGCGCAGGAUCGGAAACUCACUGUAGUCGCACUUACCCCUGAGAUUAUGGAACUAUGCAUUCCUGUUCAUUAUGAAGGUUUACACAUAGUGAUUAAUAUUUCUAAAACCUUUUCUUCAUUUUCAUUGUGAAGAUUGACCAGAAAGAGGCCUGAGUGAGACCUGAUAAGCUGUGACUUCGGUCACAUUAGUUCAGUUCCUAAAACUAAUAGUUAAUAAGAUAUGGGCAGGGUACUGUGAUGUUUACUCUCAUGUCUACAUUUGAAUACAAAUUAUUGAAUCAUGUAUAUCCAUAUUCGGAAUACCAAUUUAUGGAAAAUUUAUUCUUGUAUUAAACAUUUCAGUGGUUUGUUUUUAGAUAACAAACCAACUAGUCACCUUAUCCUCUAGGAAAAAGGCUGAUUUCUCUAAAAUCUGUGGAUGUUUUGGGGGAUGGGGAGGUGGUGACCAGAACUUUCUCACUUUCUCACUUUCUCUUCUGUUUAAAGCACUAUCAAGUCCUUCUAUUAUAGUGUUAUUUAAAGUGUUAACUGUGGGGCUAUACAUGAAAUGUGCUCUUUAGUUUUUUACUAUUCUCCUUAAUAAAAAAAUAAGUCAACCAUAAUGACCUCCUUCAAAUGGGCACUGCCUAUUGAUAAGCCCUUCCCUUAUCAGCCAGUGAUCUAUCUCACGUGAGCUAAAAAUGUACACAGGAGGGGCUGUGACCUUGGUGAAUGGAAACAAAUAUACCAUGUUACAGACUUGGAGCUAAAGAGCUUCUUAUCUGAUAGUUUACAUUCCCAGAAAUGUGCUCUCUACACUUUUUAAAUCAAAACAGACACAAUUAAAAUAUCUGUAAGUGCACAGUGUCUGUAUUUAAAAUGUAAAAUAUUUUUAUGUGCAUGCAAUGCGGCUUCUCACCACGCACACCAUUGACCUUGAGAUUCUGAGCUCAGUACUGCUCUGCGCCAGGACGCUCCCCUGUAUGCUGUUUGAUGUCUAACAGCACCCCAGUCCUCCAAGAAAAGCUUGUCAAUGUUCCUGCCCCCUAACCCCCACCCCCAGUUAUCACAGCUCACAAGACACUGCCAAAGGUCUCCUGGAGAGCAAAAGCACCCCUAGGGGCAACACUGUUCGAAGUCAUUUACAUGUGAAACUGUAGCACCAUUUCGUACAAAGCAAACAUGAAGACUUUCUCAAUUUUAAGGUUGAGUUUAAGUUUAUGAUUUUUUUUAAUAGUUUGAAAGAAAAUUUUUCUUUUUGCUUUUUCUUAUGCACCUUACUGAGCAUCUUUAGGGAUCUGUAAGACGGCUCAUUAAGGCAAGGCUUCUGCCUCCAAACCCAAGAGCUGAGUUCAGUUGCAGGAGCCUCCAUGGAAGAGGAAGAGAACACACACCCACAAAUUAACCUUUGACCUCAGCACUUGUACCGUGGUACAUUCGUGUGAACGUGUCCACAGACUCAUACACACGCACACAUGCAUACACACACAAAUAAACAGAUGCCAUAGUACACACAAAUAUAUACAUACGUAGAAAUAGGCAUGUCAUGAUUCACACAUGCCCACACAUUUGCACACCCUUGUGUACAUGCACACAAAUAAAGAUAUACUAUGAUACCCACAUGCACACACACACACACACACACAAAAGGAAAUUUAAUGAAAACAUGAUGUUCCCAUUGCUUCAGUGUUUUGCCUGUGUGCUUUCGGAGGGAUUAGAGAUGGAACCCAGGAAGGAUCCGCACAUGUGAGGCAAACCCUCGACCACUGGCUUUAUCCUCAGCCCGUCAAGUUGUUCUCAAAUCUUACCAAGUGGAAGCAACCCUGAUUCAAAGUGCAGUCUAUUCCAAUAUUCACUUUUAAAGUCCAUGGAGGGUUUAAAAGAAAAAAGCCCCCACACAGUCUUCUCACUAAGCCAUUUCACAAAGUUCAUCAUGCACGCGACCCAUUCAUUUUCUGAAGCUUUAACUAAAAUUUAAAGAUCUCUACUUUGAAGUCUAACAGUGACGAGAUUGCACGUUUACGUUUUUCAAAAUGCUCAAAACGAACGCGAUUGUUCUUUUUACAAUUAUCAAAUUUAGCGCGUUCAAAAGCUAUGCUAGACUUUUCUUUUUUUAAGAUGUGUUUAUUAUACUUAUUUAUGCAUGUGUGCUUGCAUGAGUUUAUGUGCACCGUGUGUGUGCAGGUACCCAUAGGGUUUACGAGAGUCAGCUGUGAGCCAGCAUGUGGGUGCUGAGAAUUGAACUCAGGCCUCCAGGAGGAGUAGCCGGUGCUCUUAGCUGAGCAUCCACCUCUCCAGGCUCUACUGGAUUUUUUUCUUUAACUAGUCUGGGGACUUCGAUAGGGGAUACAAGCACAUCAUUUUUCGAUAGUGAAUUCACACUCGAGCACACACAUUUCCACUCUGUCUACCGGAGCUUUAGAUGGGAAACGAUUCGUUAUUCAUAUCCUGAUGCCAUCGUUUGUGGGUUCAUUGUUUGAAUGUCACCCUUGUCUCGGAACUCUCUAGUCAUGUCACUUUGAGCCAUCAUAGUGACAGGUGCUUAUCCUCAUAGAUGUGACAGCAACCUGAGGUGUUUUCCCUCUCCUUCUGAUGAAACAACAAGUGAAAGUCUACAUAGGGGGCUGGAGCAGUUAGGAUGAUGGCUCAGCAGUUAGGAGCACUGGCUACUCUUCCAGAGGCCAUGAGUUCAAUUCCCAGGAGCCACAUGGUGGCUCACAACCAUCAGUAAUGGGAUCUAAUGUCCUCUUCUGGUGGGUCAACAAUAGCAUACUUCUACACAUACAAUCAAUAAAUAAAUCUUAAAAAUCUUAAAAAAAAAACAUACCCUCCACAUAGGCGCCAAGUGUUUCUAUGAUCACUUGCUAUGUCAUUCCAAAUGCUGCUAAGAACUCAAUGAGUUUUUUUAAUUAAAAUAUCAGGUUAUUAAUUUCAUGUACCUUUUUGGACACUUUGAACUUCUUUGCCUAAAUAGCUCACAUAUUGAUUUUGUAAUGUUAUCUCCAUAAGCCAGCCUGCAGCUCAUUCUAUGGUUAAAGUUAUAUAACUUCGCCACAAAAUAUUACUUGAAUAUUAAAGGAGCCAUUCACUGUCGAGAAUACUAUCGCAUUGACUGUUCUGGUCCUUGGUGGCUCAUCGUAGAGGAAAAUGUACUCACUCAUUCCACCACUGUGAAAGCCUUUAGGGAGGAGCCGAGACCCAUGAAAGCAACUGCUUAUCAGUUAGCAACCUAUUCCUCACCCCUCACCACACAGUGCUUUACAAACCCCACCCCUUCUGAUCCCGACCAAUUGUCACACCGUCUUUGACCAUCAAAGGAAUUCAUCAGAGGUCGCCACCACAUUUCAAUGACUUUUCAGCCAUUCUAACUAAUGUACGACCAUGUUUCCCCAAUGUUUCCUCAGGUCAGUGGGAGUUAAGUGAAAAUCUCAGUUAUGGUCUCUAAGCAAUGAGGGUGAAAUUCAGUAUCACAUAAAUUCAACAUCCCAGGAGAAAUCUGAUAAAGCACAUUGUAGAUGCACCCCAGUAGAGUUUCUUGCCAAUGAUGAUGACUUUGUCCUGUACUCAGCUAAUAACUCAAGGUCUAGUUUCACUUCUGAGAAAGGCAUGCUUUGAAUAUAGUAAUCGUAUAUCCAUGUUUUGGGACUUUUAUUGAUCCUUUUAGGGCAGAGUAGAGGACAGACAUUUUGGCAAAUAUAGGUAGACUGUCAGCACAUCAACAAUUCAGAUGCAAAGAGGGAUACCAGCAACGUCUUGUUCUUCAUCGUCUUAUCCUUUAGCUAAGCUCCAAGUGAGAUGCAUCUGCCACUUGUCUCAGCUUGACUGUAAGGGACCUGAAGCUCACCUGCAAGCCAGUGGAUGACCAAAAAGCUCUGCUGGCUUGUCCAGGGCCUCAGUCUUCCCUAACAGAUUUGGUUCUCGUGAGCGCACGGUGCCAUGCGGGAGGCAGCGCAAACCAGCGCUUGACCCGCUUAAAUUAAGUGUUUGAAAAGUUUGGUUUCACCCUUCUAUUGUCAAAACAUCGAACAUCAGAAAACAGAAGCUAAUCCUAUUCUCUCCAGUGGACCAUAAUGCAGUCACUGUUCACAGACCAUCUUCCCAAGACCCCCUACCUUAGAGUAAGUAAUAGGCAUCCUCAGAAAGACAAAGGCUUGACACCAGCCAACUGCAGACUGCCAUUAACUUCAUUUCCCAGUCUAAAAUUAGAAUUUGCGAUGCAGAUUUUUUUUGGCGGAGGGGAUUUGGGAUCUCUCUCCCCUCUGGCCUCUGCCCACCCAAUCUUGCCAUCUGGUCUAUAACCGUUUCGGCGGAACAUGUGAUUACAAAUGGCUCUGCUUCGAGACUGGCUGGGUUCAGGCAACACGAUCAAGAAGGUGUUAAGAAACAAGCCAAUUAGGAUGCCGGUUUAUAGUUACAGUGCAAAAAUACAAGACAGGUGCUUCUAUUACUAACUGAUGUGGAAAGCCUUCUCUCCCCUUAGUCAUCUGCAAAGUCAACGGAGGAAUCUGACCACAGGCAUUCUCAUAAAAAGUUAAAAACAGUUCUCCGGCCGAGUUAAUAAAGGAAUGGAACGGUUCAGAAUUUCCAGCCAGAGUGCGACAGGUAAUUGGUGAGAUCGGCAAAAUACCGAGCAACUCUUUAAAAAGGAGGUCAUGUUUUCAGAUCAUUAAAGCACAGCGUUUUAUUUGCUGGUGAUUUAUUUUAUUUGUAACAUACCCUGCUCAUAAUGAAACGAAAUAGCUAUGACUUGAGCUCCAUAAAAUACUUUACUGCUUCUAAAACCUGUGAGCGUACGUGCGUCUGUAUGUGUUUGGAACGUGUAAAAGAGUUAAAAAUCACCCUGAGAUGGUCUAUAAUUAUUUAUUUCUAGGUUUAAAAGUUAGGUUGUUUUUUUUUUUCUCUCUCUCUCUCUCUCCUUUAAACUCUGGAAUUUGAGCUUUGCCUAUCAGAGCUUAUCAACAGAAAGCUAAUGCUAACUUGAAAGUCUACAGGAAACAGUGUGUUUAACCUUCACCUGGUUUGAAGUUCUCCUUACCUUGACCCACAAAUAACUGAAAGUGAAUAGAUCUGGAAGUCAGCUACUCUUGUCCGGGCCAGUGCUGCCCCCAGCUUCUUAAUGGUCAGUGAGUACAGCCUGAAAACCUGGUGCAUCAAUGGCUGUGGAGGGAACCUUAGGGGAUUAAUAGGCUGAAUGAGUCCUGGAACAUCUCUCCCUUGACAGUGAGAUUCUCCUUUUUUUUUUUUUUUUUUUUUGGUUCUUUUUUUUUUGGAGCUGGGGACCGAACCCAGGGCCUUGCACUUCCUAGGUAAGCGCUCUACCACUGAGCUAAAUCCCCAGCCCUGAGAUUCUCCUUAAUCAGAGACGUUUCUACUGCGCAUUUUAAAGAACUUUUUUGUUUAAGAUUUAUUUAUUAUAUGUAAGUACACUAUAGCUGUCUUCAGACACACCAGAAGAGGGCAUCUGAUCUCAUUACAGAUGGUUGUGAGCCACCAUGUGGUUGCUGGGAUUUGAACUCAGGACCUCUGGAAGAGCAGACAGUGCUCUUAACCACUGAGCACUCUCCAGCCCUCUAUUGCGCAUUUUUGUCUCCACAACAAAACUGUGAUCGUAACAGUUCUGUCGACCCAAUGCACAUCAAAGAUCCAAGAAGCACUAAUGUUAUGGCUGUACACAAGGGUCCUACAGAUGCUCCCCAAAGCAACAGCAGCCGUGAAGGUGACUCUGAACUCCUCUUGUGAAGAGAUUAGACUGACAAUCAAUAUAAACUACAAACCUGCUUUCUUACCAUGUUAUUUUCUAUCCAUUUUAUUUUGUUGUGCCAAAAAACAAAACAAAACAACAAUAAAAAACAAACAAAAAAAACCAUUUCGCUUAAGGAACACGAUAGAAGUCCUAUCACAAAGCUAUUUUUAAAGGAAUUUCCUCUCUGUCCAUAACUCUGAACCUUUGUCUUAAAAAGUAGGAGCCUGUGUUUAUAACUAAGUAUAGAGGAAGGGAAAGAUAUUCUUAGAAUAAAGUUGGCAAGAAGAGAAGAUGUGACACCCAUCGACCCUAUCAAGCUGUGUUAGUACAGACUCGGCGUGCUUGUCCUGGACACAGGUCCUGUUUGUCUGUUUCAGUUUCUUCAUGCUCGCGGACUAUAGGAUCUCUAGUAUUCAUUGCCCUCUCGCUGCCACAGAAUACCUAAGAGAAGCGCUUUAAAGGAAGGCAGAUUUACUCUGGUUCUUAGUUUUAGAGAUUUCGAUCUAGCAGGGAGGAAGAGGAUGGCGGCGGAGACAGAGACAGAAGCAGUCAGAGGCAGAAAGUCUUGAGGAAGCAGGGAGAGAAGGGGAAGAAGGGUCAGGAGGGGAGCAGAAGGGAGAAGAGGGAGGAGAGGGGAGGGGAGGAGAAGGGAAGGUGAGAGGAGACAAGAGGAAAUAGAGGGGAAGGGAAAGGGGGGGAAGAGGAAAAGGCUGGUAGACUGGUACAACCUAAAGCCACGCCCUCAGCUACCUAUUUCCUUCAGCAAGGCCCAGCUCCCAACGUUUUCAAAACUUCUUAAAAUAUCACUGGCUUCUGAGGACCAAAACUCUGAUACAGCAGCCUUUGGAAAGCCUGUUAUGUUUUAUAAAAAGAGAGCCUGGAUACGUUUUGUAGGGUACGGUGAGGUGGGAGGGGUGCCUUCUCGGACCCAUGCUGAGGCAGUCCUUCCCCCAAGAUAUAGACUAGAAUAGAGUUUACAGAGAAUAGGGUAUAAUAUAAAAUAGGGUUAUUUGGGACAUGGGAAGGGGAGUUGAGAAGUAGAGGCAGAGAAGGACAGGGGUGGGAAGGUGGGGGAGCGAAUAAGGAGUGGGGUCAAACAGCCCCUUUUAUAGCAAGCCAGGCCUACCUGGCUGUUGCCAGGAAACUGUUGGGUGGAGCCUAGAGGUAAUGUGAACAGAACUGCUUCAGACGCAUAUGCAAAUGUUACCUCCAGAGAGGGCCUAGGUUAGACAACGUAGAGCCCAGAGACAGUAGUAGGAGCCCAGACACUUGUCACAUGUGCUCCCUUUUCCUCUUCUCAAUAUCCAACUGAAAUUCUCCGUUCGCCAUUCCUGCUGAACUAUACCUAUAUUGUUUCAGGAAAAGAAAAAAGAAAAGAAACCAUCGCAAUAAACUAUUCAGAAAAACUACUAGGCCCUGUGUUUAUUGACAUUUGGUAUGAGUUCCCGUUAAUAUCUUACAACAUAAAAUAAAGGCUUUUAAAAACAAUGAAGUAGUUUACAGUAAGCAAAUGCAUCGUAUGUGCUACAGAAUCUGUCUUAUCUUAAGGAAGGGCAAGUGGAGGCACGGUGUGUGUGAAGUGACUGUCCCAAAGGAGGCCGCUGUGGACUGGUAUUGUUGGAAGAUUAAUGAACAUUGAAAUCUCUACCUCGCCUUGAAAAGGAGCGCAAAGAAAUGAGCAAAGUGCUUCCCUGUGGAUAGUUGUAAACUCAUUGUGUGGGAAGUGAAGUAAACAUUGAAUGUGGAGAACAGGGACCAGGUCACAUGGCCCCAGCAGCCAAGCGUUUUACAUCCCGCAUCCAAAGCGGUGGUUCUCGGCUUUCCUAACACCACGACCUUUUAACUCAGAUCCUCAUGUGGUGAUGACUCCCUGACCAUAAGAUUAUUUCCAUUGCUACUUCGUAACUGUAAUUUUGCUACUGUCACAAAUCAUAAUGUAAGUAUGUGUUUUCCAGUGGCCUUAGGUGACCCCCAUAAAAGGGGUCUAGAUGCGCAGGUUGAGGACGACUGAUCCAAAGUGACUCUAUUAGAACAGAAAACAACGAGGGGGAGGGAUGGAGUCCAAAUGUCUCCGUGAUGGAAAUUGAUUUUCUUCUUAAUCAUUAAACUGCAGUGGUUUUCCAAAUAAUUAAACUAGGGACUGUGGGUUUGAGUUUAAAAUAUUAUAAUUUACAAACUCCUCUUCUUUGACCCAUCUUCAACCAUUCUUUAUGGUUCUUGUUGUUAAACAUUAACUUCUUCAACCUGCCUUCCUAAUAAACCAGCUCUUGCUUUAUGGUCAGAAAGUAUAGAACGGUUAUAAGUGCAAGCUUAUACUUGGUUUUGUACUCGUGGACUUUAUAAACUAACGAAAUCGUUCAAUCUUCAUUAUGAUGUGAAGAAUAUCUUUAAUAUAGAAGUUCGACACACAUCAUCAUUUAGAAUUUUAGAUUUUCAUCCCGAAGCUAUUUCAAAAGAAAGCACUUGCUUUGAGCAUUCUGAAAAUAAAAUUCCAAGUAGCUCGCCAAACCUUGGAUGUAGUCCCAAAUAAAUCAAAAACAGGUUGCUGGGUUAUACACAUACACACACACACACACACACACACACACACACACACACACACACACAUCUCUCUCUAUCUCUCUCUCUCUCCCUCUCUCUCUCCCUCUCUCUCUCUCUCUCUCUCUCUCUCUCUCUCUCUCUCUCUGUCUCUCUCUCUGUCUCUCUCUCUCUCCCUGACAAGCUUGCUUUAUUAUUUGGGGAGUAAGAGGGGGAGAAAUCCCCAAAUAAAGAUGCUGGCUGUUUUGUAAUAAGGAUGCACACGGAACUCAAUGCACUCAAUUAUCUGACCACACCCUCUCCCUCCUGUGCUCCUCAAUUACAGUUGAGGCUGGAAAUGGAGACCCAGAGCCAAGCCUGGGCUCUACAGUAUGCACAGUAUCCAAGAUGAAGUUAGUCUUUGAGACCGUAUGCAUGCCCAAAGUUCCAUGCAGGAGAGAGAGCAUCAAUGUUUGUGUCUGCUUUUACCAAGAGUGUGGGCUUCUGAGCUAAACCCCUGUGUGUGGAGCUCAGUUCUGUCACUCCUAGCUGAGCAACCUCAAGGAAGGUAUUCGGCUCUUUGGCUUCUCAUCUGUAAGCUAAGGCAAGCCUACUGACAUUAAACAGUAGCUGUGAGAGUUAAAUCGUGUAGCUCGUGGAAGUCUGUAAAAGCAUUGCCCACAUCCAAUGUAAAGAGCAUCCUAUAGGUCCUGAUAAUUUUGAAGCCAUUGCAUCUGAACCCGACUGUUUACCUGCACAGUUGUACCUGUCCAAAGUGAUUGGCGAAAAGUGAUUUGUGAGGGAAGAAUUGAGCUCUGAGUUCAUGUGGACGGUGGAUGUGUUUAGCUCUGUCCUCAGGACCACAGAUUUUUAUCUGAGCACAUAUUUUAAAGAUUAGUUCCCCAGACCCUGCUCCCAAUUCUCCCUUCUGAAGUUGUCCUUAGCAUCCAGAAGAUUCCAGUCUUAACUGGACUUGAUCCCUUUUCAAUUUAAAUGAAGCCGGUUGUGGUGGCCCACGCCGGUAGGAUUUGCUGAAGGAGGCAGAGGCAGGAGGAUCAAUUUAAAUGAAAUAAACACUUUGUUCUCAGAGAAAUACAUCAUCACUCUGAAGCCACAGUCAGGCCACAGAAGAUGCUUGGAACUAGUAUGUCCUUGUCAUCGGCUCUCCUGAAGGUCGUCUUUUGGCUGUGCCUGAAGUCAGAGUAGAUUAUGUGUCCUAUUUACAAUAAAUACUGAAAUCAUUUCAAGUUCCCACCACAUUUUAAAAAUCCGAAUUACUCCCUUUGUGAUUCACCACCCACAGAGCUCAUAUUCUGAAUUUUUUGGCCACAAGAUACAUUUAUUAAGCAGUAAUUCUCAUUUUCUCUUGUAAAAUGAAAGCAAGCUGAGGGAAUUUAAUAAACAGAGGCAAGCCACUGUGUGUGACACUGAAGAAUUGCCGCCAGUUUAUCUAACAUGGACAUUUUAAGUGAGAUUGACUGUAGCUUCCAGAAGUGUUAAAGCUCUAAGAAUGACACGUUGCUGCCUUUACCCCCAAAGCCUGAGUGAGGUUGGAAACUGUUCCCGAAAUUAAUUUAAAACCGUGAAGUAAACAAAAGGGGAAAUAAAUGUUUCAUAGAUAAACAUUUUUCACCUGUUUUUUUUUUUAAAUCUUCAUUCAUAUCUUUGACUUAGGAUCUUUUCGUUUUAUAUAAACACACACUUGAGGCAACGUUUAGAAAGGCCAGCUCCAUGAGCUGGGGAAAACCCCGGGGUAGCGUUCGAUUUCUCAGGAGCAGUGGAAUCAAAACCGAAGCCCUGCUUGGCCCCUAACCUCCCUGGCCACUAGAAUGUUUUCCUCACCUUUCAAGCCUGGGCUGGGAGUGUUCCUGCAGAAGCUAAGACAGGCAGCACUUACGUCAUGACUUGCUUAGAAAAGACGCUUUCGCAGCUGAAAAUAUUCAAAAUAUGUAUGCUAUGAAGGUGACUAGCAAACGCCUCAUGCGGGGCUUUAAAAUGAUGAAAGCUACCGCAAUCCGAAUGGUCUCCGAAGGGAGGGGAUAUUCUCUUGGCCCCGAAAGGUCAUCAGCUUUUCUGCUCAGUUUCCCUGAGAGGAGCUUUCUUCUAGUUUCAGAGGAAAUAUGAGCUGUGGAAGAAACAGAAGAGAGUAAGGGGUAAAACUGAAGACUUGUAGAAACACAGGGGUCCUUGGUCUAACUACAGAGGCUUCUGUCCAUGGGAGGAAUCAUGAACAUCAGGCCUUGUUUAUAGUAUACUUUGGAGAUGUCCUUGAUAAGAGAAUGGUCCUCAGAGGUCCCAGAAAAUGGCCAAUGGAUUGGCAAUGACGGGCAACAGAGAGGUGCAUGCUGGGAUGAGAAAAGUCAGGAUUGUAACCACAUACUGAAUUUGCUUCCCCUGUUACUGUGAGAAAUACCAUGGCCAAAGGCAAGCUAGGGAGGAAAGGCUUUAUUUCAGCUAACGGGUCACAGUCCAUCAGCAAGGAAACAGGAAAGUCAAGGCAGGACCCCAGAGGCACCAACUGAAGUGCAGAUUUAAGGAGGAUGCUGCCUACUGGCUUAGUCAGCCUGCUUUCUUAUAAAACCCAGAACCAGCUGCCCAGAGGUGACACUCCCCACAGUAGCAGGGGCCUUUCUACACCAAUCAUUAACCAAGAAAA